AAGCGCCUCUCCAACUGUUCAACCCUGGACGACUCGUCUCUCCGAAACCACAUCAACUCAUCAAACGAGACUCAGACGAUAAUAUCCGACAACAAUCAUGGCCGACGUCGGUGAAGAAUCCCACCAUGUGUCGGAGCCCCUCGACCUCGUCAGGCUCCUGCUCAACGAGGUUGUCUUUGUGAAGCUUCGAGGAGACCGAGAACUCAAGGGAAAGCUGCAUGCUUAUGAUAGUCACUGCAACUUGGUGCUGGGAGAGGUUGAGGAGACAAUCUACACUGUUGAUGAGGAUGAUGAGGACGACGAGGUCAAGACUAUUAGCCGGAAAUCUGAAAUGCUCUUUGUGAGAGGUGAUAGUGUGGUCCUCAUUUCACCAGGAGUUCCUUUCUAGACGGAGGCAUAAGAGAUGUAAUUGUGCCUCGCAGACCUCUCAUUAUGCAAACACGGCUCUUGGGGAUGUGUUGCAGCCACCUAGGUUGCGUCAUGCUACGGCUACAUUCAUAGGCCGGGAACGUGGCUGCCCGAGAGCAAGCUGUUCAAAUCAGGACACAGGGGCGAGGCAGUAUAUUGAAGCCCCUUCAAAUAAUGCUCCUAUCUGUGCCUGGAGACGAGAGCCAGACACGGAAGCAUUGUCUCUAGAUAGUCCAUUCCGUUCAACUUGAUAGUCGGGUUGAGCUUGAGAGUACAAAAAUAAAUCAUGAACAGC